UGGGCAGGGACAGGGCACAGCGGGCGGGGGCAAGAGGUGCAGGCCUGGCAGCUGCUACCCGUGGGCUUGGCGACCAGCUACAUGGAGCCUCCAGAAACGGGGCCACCCCCAGUAUUUGGGGGUAUGAGGAGCUCCCACUGGGGAGCCCCCCCUAAGGCCUGGGAGGAAGAAUUGUUUUCAUCUCCUCUCCCUCCACUUCUUCCCCAAGUCCCAGCAGGAAGCAAGGGGGCUUGGGACGGGAGGAAACAAACCCUGGGGCCUGGAGCUGGUGUGUACGUGAGGGAAAUGCCUUCGACUGCACAGCAGCCCUCCGGGCAAACGGAGAUGCCCACUGAGCCCGAGGCAGCCGUCCUGUGGCCCUCACUGCCCUGCGGGCCCUGCAUUCCCAUCAUGCUGUCCCUGGCCUCCCUGGCCGCCUUCUUCCUGGUGACCACAGCCGUGCUGGCCGAACGCCUGCUCCGCCGCUCGCUGCGCCGAGCCCCCGGCCCCGACUCGCCCACGCUGGUGUGGCGCCCGGGUGGAGAGCUGUGGAUCGAGCCCCCCAGCUCGGCCCGAGAGCGCUCCGAGGACUGGUACGGCUCCGCGAUGCCGCUGCUCACUGACCGGGCGGUUGACCCGCCCACCCCGGGGGGCACCUUGGAAGCCCGGGCCACCGCGCCCCCUGCCCCUCUGGCGUCGCACUCCCCUGCUCCCAGCUCCUUGCUGCCCACGACGAUCGCUCCUGCCGUCCCGGCCCCCUGCACCUUCUGGGGGUCUCACCCGUGGGAGGAGAGACCCCACCAAGCGGGUCUGGUGCGCUGGUCGGAGCCGGAGCCGGAGCUGCAGCCGGGGCCAUCGCCGGCUCCACGGCCUGUGUCGGCUCCCCGACCGUCACCGGCUCCCCGACCAUCACCGGCUCCCCGACCAUCACCGGCUCCCCGACCAUCACCGGCACCCCGACCAUCGCCUCCACUGCCAUCCCCGCCGGCCCCGCGGGGUGGCGGCCCCCCGCCCUGGAGGCCACGACCCGGGAGCCCUGAGCCCGACUGGAGCCUGCAGCCCAGGGUCACGCUGGAGCAGAUAUCAGCUUUCUGGAGGCGAGAAGGUCGGACCAGCAGUGUGGGAUUCUGAGCCCCCCAGACACCCUGCCUCUGGGGCACUCCAAGGUCCCAGCCACAGGGCAGCCGUAAGCCCACCUCAUGGACAGACCAUGCCCUUCCUGGCCUCUGUCUGGCUGGACCUCAGCUCCUUCCCUGGGUCUGGACAGUGAGCAGGCUCCAACGCCCUAGCUGCAGGCUCGAACUGGCAGGGGGCCAGAAGCUGGCACCUAGGGAAAGAACUCCAGGUAACAGAUGGACAAGAAGGAGCACCAAGCUUACUGCUUCCACCAGAGGUCAUGAUUAAUCCUCACCCAGGAUU